GAAGAGCACGGCAGCGACGAGUGUGAUCGUGAAGGUCCCAGGCCUAAACGCAGCAGGUGCAGCGCAGGUUGCUCGUCCGUCCGCCACCACUUCAGCCAUGUGCACAUGAAGGUGAACCGAGAGAGCGAUGACCGAGUCCAUGUGGUCGGUCUUGCCACCAUCUCUCUAGUCGCGCCCACUCCAGGUGUCGCUCCCGUUCUUACCCUUGUGCCAGCCGCUCCGGUUGUUGGGCCGGUGCCGGUGCCGGUCGCACCGGUCGUGCAGCCAGUUCAACCCGCCCUCGUCCUUGUACCUCCCCCACCUGCCGCACAAGCUCAAUCUGCCCCUGUCCAUCUCUCGCCAGUCGCCUAAGCAACUGCACACCGCCCUGAGAAGCCGUACCACGCCGUGCUCUACUCCGGAUUGUCGCAGGCCAGCCAGUGACAACGCUGAACCCCAAGAUGAAGCUUGGCUUCGUCGUGUUGUAGCAGCGCAUAGUCAUCUUCCCAAUGUAGCGCAGGUAUAUGUCUUGGGCUUGUCGUCGAACGCGAAAA